AUGAAUGGCCAAUUCAAACAGAAUUGUGUGGGAGAUCCUGAGAGCACCCACAGCCGGCCAAGGCCAGUGAUGAUGUCAGCUGGCCAUGCGGGUGACAGACCCCCCUCCCCUGGCUCACUGCAGCCUCUCCAGGACCACAACCUCUGCUGUCCCCCAAGAGGCAAGCAGCAUUUUGAUGAACAUGGGAAAACUGACAAGAGAGGAACUGUGGUAGACUUUUCUGAGGAAUCAGAGGAAGAAACACAAGCCCUCAUAAACGGGCAGUCCAGAUCUGCCUUCCACUGCCACACCUCCCACCCAGAUGCUGAACAGGAAGGAGCAGAGGAGCAGAUUCCAAGAAGAGGACGCACCAGAGGGGAGGAGACUGUGGACAAGAUGAAGAAGAGACGGAUGAAGUUCCAGAGCCAGAUGUCAGAUGCUCAUUGA